GCUUAGCGGCACGCAAAAUGAUGUACUCGCCGGACAAGAUGAUGGGGAGCAAGGGACUCCACGGGGCACCGAUCACCGCCCCGGGGUGCUUCCCCUCGGGGAGAUACUCGCCGCCGCCUUAUCGCGCCGCGCCGGAUCCGAUGCCGCCGCCGCCGAGACGAUGUAUGCCGAACUCUACGAGUCGUAUAUUCGAAGACGCAUCCAUUGUGUGCAAUUCUUGGUCACCGAGGCAUAAUGGUGAUUUAUUCAGUGGCUUGAAUAGCGGUCUGCAAGAUGGCUUACUUUCAAGAGCGGAAGCUUUGGCAGCAGAUUUGGGGAAGCACAACGCCGGGACGCCGAUGCCGCUAAAGCACGAUCCCGUAUCUGUGUAUCAUCACGGAGCACACAUGCCUACCCCCCACCCGAAUAACCGGCCACAUCAUCAGGUACAAUCACACCUCCUUAUGAGCCAUCCAGGAAUGGAAAGCCUCGACAUGCUGGAUCCAGCAAACUCGAUGACGACACUGACGCCAAUGUCCGACAGCACGGGUAGCGGACCGGGGCAUCACGCGGGCAUCCACGGUCCCUCCGUGUACGGCGGCAUGAACGGUAUGAUGAGUCAUCACCAUCAUCACAGUAACCUAGGCAGCGGUGGCGGCAGCGUGCCGCAUCCGGCGCACCAUCAUCCGGCGAUGGCUGCAGCAGCCGCGGCCGCAGCCGCGGCGGGCCUGCAUCCCGACGCCGAUACCGAUCCGCGCGAGUUGGAGGCCUUCGCCGAGCGAUUCAAGCAACGGCGCAUCAAGCUCGGCGUCACGCAGGCCGAUGUUGGCAAAGCGCUCGCCAAUCUCAAACUACCAGGUGUCGGCGCUCUAUCGCAGUCGACGAUCUGUCGCUUCGAAUCGCUCACGCUCUCGCACAACAACAUGAUCGCCCUGAAGCCGAUCCUCCAGGCGUGGCUGGAGGAAGCGGAGGCCCAGGCGAAGAACAAGCGACGGGACCCGGACGCGCCCUCGGUAUUGCCGGCCGGCGAGAAGAAGCGGAAACGUACGAGCAUCGCCGCGCCAGAGAAACGCUCGUUAGAGGCGUAUUUCGCGGUCCAGCCGCGGCCGUCCGGUGAGAAGAUCGCGGCGAUCGCGGAGAAGCUCGACCUAAAGAAAAACGUCGUGCGAGUCUGGUUUUGCAACCAGCGGCAGAAGCAGAAGCGCAUGAAGUUCGCGGCUCAACAUUGACCCGAGGGUGGCUUGUGACAGCAGAACUGACCGUACCAGCUGCCCAGUCUCGAGCCGAAACCCGAACCUCUAACUGAGUUUCAGGGUUGGCCGUGAAGUUGCCCAAAACUCUGAAAGUGGGCUUCCCCCGACUGCGCCGAUGGACAUCCGCGGUGAGGAUGAUUGUCCGAGUCAUUGUCGUCGGACUUAACGUCACCGGGAUAUCUAUCCGCGACAGUCAUUCGCGGCCGCUAAAACGAAUGGCUCGAUACUACAGGCAGAACGUAUAUCGGUACACGAGGCUGUCACAGGCUGAAGACGAGUCGCUUGUUAUCACUGCGCGUGUGUAAUAUGCUUGAAACGCAUAUUCUGGAAUCACCGGUUGCAGGGAGCUAUUCUUGACCCGUUUCGGUUCGCGAUUCUCUCUCCUCUUCAGCUGAACACGAUUACCUCUCGUGACGUUAUACAGCCAAUGCAAUGAAACGCUGGUGACGGAAUUUACGAAUGUUUCACGAUGGAUAUCAUCGCGGUAUGAUGGCAGUAAAUAUAAAUCCAUAUCGAAAUCGGUCCGAUCCAUAUCACAUCGAUAUUAUCGUUUUUCUUCACGCGGAAUGGAAGUUGUUGCAAGACGAUUUCUAAUGUAAAAUGAACCGUUUUUAUAAGAUUAACUAUUAAUUGGGAAACUUCUAGCUGACUUUUCCUUAAUCGAGAAACGUCAAAAACAUAUAUCUUCUCUACACUCUAAUGUUGAGAUAGUAAUCAAGUAAAUUCAAACGCACAUUACGACACACCUCCUUAUUUCAAAAAGUGGAUUUGUAUUACGAUUUUAUGAAAACAAUUGAACCAAGAUUUAAUUCAACUCGAAUAUCUGUGUUAUUAUAAUACUACAGCUAGUAUUUCUCCAGAUCGUCUGAAGAGUCUUCGAACUUGCAAUCCGCAAAACCACGAGAUCAAACACACGAUAGCUACCAACGAUAGCGAUAAAACAGUUUACGAUGCCAUUUGCCCUUCGAUCCCUCGUCGUAUGGCAUCCGCGGUUGAAAUCGCUGUUCGACGCCGAUUUCACGAUCAUUUCUCACAUUUCACAAAUAAAUAUGCGAAAUCCUAUAAUCCAUGCAUGUGAAAUAAAUUUACAAUAGAAAUAGCAUUUUAUAAUUCUUUGCUAGAAAAUAAAAGUUUAAUUUCUACCAAGAUUCGCCUUUUGUUUACAAUAUCGCAUAAUUUUUUGUAAGUGUAUAACUGUAUUAAUAUUAAUAAUACAAAAUAAGAUAAACGGUUUUUAAAGCGUAUGUUACUACGCUUUAAUGUCAUAAAAUAAUUAAUUGGUUCAAAGCAGUACGCAAAAGAACUAAAUAAAUAUUAAAGAAAAAAUUUUAUAUGUAAUCUUCUUGGUUUCUCUCAUUAUAAAAAAAUUAACGAAUGGGAAAGUUGAAAGUAAAAAUUGGCUGUCUUACUGUCUCUAGUACAAAAUAAUAAUAUUUAAUUAGAUAUAUAAGAGUGAAAUUUUAAAGUGUCCAAAUAAAAUCGUCAUGGUGUCUAUUGAUGUGAAUCUCGAUGUGAAUGGAUCGUCAUAUCAAUCGCAAUUGCGAUCUUAACAAAUUUCCAGCUCUGAGCUUAUAAUAUUGUAUUUUACUUAGUCACAAAUCGAUAACAUUUAUAUCGCGAAAUAACACAUCGGAAACAAUCAUAAAUCACUAGGUCGCCAUUGCAAUAAUUUAUUGAGCAAUAAUCAUUGAAGGCACGAUCGGGAGAUAAUUCCGACGAGGUUGAAAAAGCGAGAAAGAGAGAGAGAGAGAAAGAGAGAGAGAGAGAGAGACUUUUCGUCGUUCGUUUAUCACGGACGAGCUUGUCGUGACAAGUGAACGGCAAAGAGCAAGGAUUACCAACGCGUCUUGAAAAGUACAACUCGAAACAUAAAAAUAUAAAGUACGUAUUUGUUAUAAAGACGACGCGCGGAUACGUCGCGCCGAAGAAAAAGUGAUAUUAAUCCUAAUGAAGACGCUCAGUGCAGUGUAAACAGUGAAGAGAACGAUAGUGCGCGAAUGAACGAAUGAAUGUGUGUUGCGUAUGUAAGAAAGAAUCAGGGGUAAAGUUUAGAGAAAGAAAGAGGAAGGGGCAAAUGAAAGAGAGAGAAAGAAAUAAUGAGAGAAAGAAAAAGAGAAAGAUAGAA